AUGCCUGCUCCGCUGCUCCCACUGCUGCUACGGAUGCUGCUGUCCCGUCUGCUGUUGCCCGCUGCCCGCCUGGCCCGCCAGCACCUGCUGCCCCUGCUGCGCCGUGUGGCCCACCGCCUGGGAGCUCAGGACUUGCGAGAGGCUUUGCUGGGCUGUCUGCUCUUCCUCCUCAGCCAGAGGCAGCAGCCUGACGAUGGAGAGGUCUCCAAAGGAGCUCACCUGGAGAGGAGGGAGAGGUUACCCCCCAAAAAAUGAAGAGGCGAGUCCUGGCAGUGUCCGUAUCCAUCAAAAAUGCCUUUUUUUCUUUUUUCUUUUUGGAGUAAGACAGUCCUGGCACCAAUCACUGACUGCAGCCUGUCCAGUGGGCAGUGGGGAACUGAGCCUGAGGGGGAGCUGAUUAGGGCUUUCUUUAGCAGAAAACUCAUCCUUAACCCUUCCUCCCCCUGCAUUCCUCCCAGGACCUUUGCUCAGUACCACUGGUCUCAGAAGAGAGUCACUUCCUCCCUCACACACACCCAGGUGAAUGGGGAUGUGAGGGACAAUGCUUUUAACCCAAGGACGACUAACAAUGCAGCUGAGAGGUGAAAGAUGUUAAUGUUAACUGUCUUCUAAACUCAGGACUCACCUUGAAGUAAUACCUUGGCUUGCUAGUGGGUCAGUGAGUGCCGCAGCCUCAGACCUCCGGUCUGUAGCAACUGCUCAAUAAAUGUUUCUUGAUUUGAA